AUGAGCACCCCUCAAACCGAAGUUUCUGACGCGAUGGAAAACAGCACAACGGUUGAGUCUGUAGAAGCUGUUGUUCAAACAGACCCGCCUGACGUAGUAUUGGUGGAUAAUGCUUCUCCAGUUCCUUUGAUUGGUCCGUUUGCUGCUGCCUAUGAACACGAGUGCCAGAAAAAUGUUUCCCUUUUUGAUCCAGAUGGCAAUUUGAUAGAAGCCGAAGAUUACGGAGCUUGGGAAACAACUUGUGGGAGCCUCUAUCUAUUUGGAAGCCAAGUUUUAAGCUGGGAAGAAAACUUCAACUUUUGCUGCAGUUUGGGCAUGCUUCCGUUGACGGUGGAAGAUGAUUUUAAACGUUCCUGUCUGCAAGAUUUCAUUGGCGGUGUGAAAUGGCCUCACAGCUCCAUGUAUUGGAGCACAGGCAAACGUUUGACCGGAAAAACUUUUACGUGGUACGACAAACGCGUCACAUUCAGCCCAACUCUGUGGAAAGCCAAACAACCUGACAACGUCAAUGGAACUGAAAACUGCGUCAUGCUGAGGAUUUUCAAGUUUGAUUUAAACUCAAUAAAAUUGGAAGAUAGGCACUGCGACAAACUGGCAGUUUCGGCUUGUGUGGGACCAACUACGCCGGCACCAAAAUGCUCUUUUCCAUUGUGUGCAAACAAAGAUUGGAAGAUAAAUGAGACUUUUUUCACAAAUCUGGUUGAAAAUCCAGCUCAAUAUCUAGCUGAGCCAAAAAAUCACGGAAUUUGGAUAGAAGUCAACCAUAGGACGUUUAUGUUUAGCUUUGAAAGUGACGUGCGGACGUUUGAAGAAGCUAAUCAGGCCUGUUGUGCACUCGACUUCAAGCUGCUUAGUCUCCACCAAGGAUACAAAUUCAGAUUUCUUUCUGCUGCUUUUAAAAAUCUUACAAUAAAAUCUGGCAAAUUUUGGACGUCAGGCAGUGAUGUUGGUUGCGAAGGCGUUUUUGGCUUUUGUUCCACGAACAGGACAUUGAUGAUGAAUGAGACAAUCUGGCUGCCUAAUCAACCGGACAACUUGAAGGGAAACGAACACUGCUUAGCAAUAAACGCGUUGAGCAAUUACGCGGCGGCUCUGAGCAAUGACAACUGUGACCUCAAACUGAGAUAUAUUUGCGAAGGCAGGGCAUCAACUCGCGUGAAAGCUCUGGAGCUGGAAUGUGCUGCAGCUUCCAAUCUUACCGAUGCUGAAAUUGCGAUGGCUUUUGCCAGCCCGAAUGGUAGCGAAAAAUUCAAGUGUUUCAUGACUUGUUACGGAGAGAAUGCAAACCUUUACGCCAAUGGCAAAAUGGUUGACUCCCGGAUUUUGCCAUUUGUGCCUUACAUUUCGGCUGGAAGUGAUUCCUCGAUGAAGGAGUACUAUGGCACCAUGGGCCAAUGCAAACAAGACAGUCGAAAAUUGUACGGCUGCAAUCGAGUGUCCAAUUUUGUCUCUUGCAGUCAGACAAAGUCGCCAACCCUCACUGUAAAGAUGAUCAACGUAGUAGAAACAACUAUUUCAGUAUAAAGCUCUAUUUUGUUUAACCAAUUGAUUUUCAAUAUUCUCUCAGGAUAAAAGGUCAUGGCUACCACCAGUUUCAGAGUCACUUUGUCC